AUGGCAUUAAAGGAAAACAGACCUUCAAAAGGACCUCUUAAAGACUUUGACAAAGACGAUCCUUCAACAUAUUCACCGAAUAAGGGAGGGCGGUUUUGUCUUGACGAUUUUGAAAUUGGCCGUCCAUUGGGAAAAGGUAAAUUUGGCUCUGUAUAUUUGGCCCGUGUGAAAGAAAACAAGUUUAUUGUAGCUUUGAAGGUUCUUUUCAAGAGCCAGUUAAUUAAAAGUAACGUUGAACACCAGCUUAGAAGGGAGAUUGAAAUACAAGGACAUCUUAGGUAG